AUGUCUUCUAUCAACCACAACCACAACUUUCCAGUUACGGCAGCUAGUGAAACAAUGGUCCGCGGAGAUCAGAACAGCUAUGGGCAUGACUACGUGCAAUCGAUGGCCAGAUGGCGCAGAUUGGCUAGUCCUACUGCCACAUCACACCUACCUCGGAGUCCUAUCUCGCCGCCUUCUCCUCCAUUGGUGGCAGCUGAAUCACCUCAGAGUCCUAUCUGGCCUCCAUCACCUCCGCUGAUGACAGCUGGACCGCCUCAAAGUCCCAUCUGGCCUCCGUCUUCUCCACCGAUGACAGCUGAACCAUCUCAGAGUCCCUUUUGGAGUCUAUCUCGACCACCAAUGACAGCCGCGAAUGCACGCCGUCAGCGUAUCAUCAGAGAAGACCUAGCAGAUGACUCUGACAGUGAUGCCGAGAGUUUUAUCCUCCCGCCAGCUAUCAGAGAAAGCCUCGUCGAAGAUUCUGACGUUGCUGUCGAGAUAGCUCAGACCAGGGAAAGUCUCGUUGAAGACUCCGACAGUGAUGCCGAGAGUUUCAUGCUCCCGCCCCAGGAUCAUCUGCCGACGACUGCCCCUGAUGUCGAGGCGUGGCUUCUCCAAGACAUCGCAGAGCAAGAGUUGCCCAGCACAGGUAUGACCCAAACGCCGCGCAGACAUGGGACAAAUCCGACCGACCCGAACCCCGGAACUCCAGUCAUCGACGACAGAUUCAUCACUCACCAAUGGACUACCUCCUCACAGCACGCCAAUCCAAGCGAGCUGAUCACUAUCCACAACGGUCCUUUUCCCGAAACACACAUUCCACUUCUCCGUCCCGAGGCCAUAGAGCAGGACAAGUGUUGUGGUAUCUGUAUUGAGGACUACAAAACCGGCGACGUUAUGGCCAUCAUACCGUGCAAUGGCAUGCACCGUUUCCACCUUCAGUGCAUCCAGCCAUGGCUCACUCAGAGAGCGCAGAUGACGUGUCCGUUCUGCAGAACCGAACUGAAAUUCGGGAAGGUUUUGCAGGCUGCGACCUAA